GUGGGGCUUGGGAGGGGGGUCAGGUGGGGACCAACGGCCGCGAGCGCGAGACAGAGACACAGACCGUGACACAGUCAGAGGCAGAGAGGGACCGGCGGCCAGACGGUGUGUGUCUCUCGCUCUCACACACAGAGUCCAUUCGGGCCAUCGCCGCAUCCUCUUCCAUCCCGCGGCACAUUUUGAAGGAGUGAACCAUGACAUCGAAGAGCAAGGCGGCGAAUAGCCGCUCCAACUCGUCAGCAUCCCGGAAAGAUAAGCACAGCUCUCAUAAAAAUGGGAAGAAAAGUGAUGGACCCUCCGGAAGUUCGUUCUUCACAUGGUUCAUGAUAAUUGCUUUGCUGGGUGUUUGGUCAUCAGUAGCAGUUGUUUGGUUUGAUUUGGUGGAUUACAAAGAGGUUUUGGCUAAAGCAAAGGAUUUCCGUUAUAAUUUUUCACAGGUAUUACAAGGAAAACUCGGAGUCUAUGAUGCCGAUGGAGAUGGCGAUUUUGAUGUGGAAGAUGCCAAAAUUUUGCUAGGGUUGAAAGAAGCAGAAGGACCUGUUUCUGCUGAACAUUUUGGGAAGAAUGAAGAGCCAAUUCAGCCAUCUGUGUACACAGACAUAGGAACAGAGGCUGACAAAGAAGAAACAGAAUCAAUGCAAGCAGAUGUGACUCCGGCGCCCCUCAAACGCAUACCAGUGGAAGAGCCGCUAAUGGAGGAAGGGCCAAAUGAAUAUGAACAGGAUGAAGAUUUCAAAGAUGCUGAAAAAGAUGAAGUUCGAGAUGAUACGUUUGAGCCUGAACCUGUGGAAGCAGAUACUCGAGAAGAGUCUGAGUACAUGGAAGAGGAAGUGUCUGAAGGAUCGGAGGUUCCAGAGGAUUCUGGACCUGAAGCUUCAGUUGUACCAGAAGACACAAUUCUAGAAACAUCAGAAGUGACUGAGGAAGAUGUUGAUGAUAUUGUUUCAGAUGAUGCUGAACUUCAGCCUGAGGAGGUGGUUUCUGAACGAGAAGAUCCAGGAUUGUAUGAAUCUGAAGUUGAAGAUUUCUCUGACCAAGUGGACCAGGAAGAUGAAAUGGAUGAAGAGCUGUCGGAGAGCGAAAAAUUUACUGAAGCAGACGUUGACCUAGAACAUGAAGAUACAGUGGAAGAGUUUUAUGCUGAAGAAACAGAAUAUGUCCCAGGAACAGAAGAUAUACAAGAGGUGUCUCCUGUUCUUGAAAGUACAGAUGAAGAUAGCCAAUCAGCCUAUGGAUCUCAGAACUUGGAUGUGGAAUCUGAAAUCCAAGAAGCAGUACCUCUCCCAGAGGCAGCAGAAGAGCCUAUAGAAGAAGAGGAUUCUGGACCUGAAGCUUCAGUUGUACCAGAAGACACAAUUCUAGAAACAUCAGAAGUGACUGAGGAAGAUGUUGAUGAUAUUGUUUCAGAUGAAGCUGAACUUCAGCCUGAAGAGGUGGUUUCUGAACGAGAAGGUCCAGAAGGCGAUACUAUUGAGGGCACAGAAGUACAUACAGCAGAAGAAUCUGUGACUUAUUCAGAAGUGAGUGAACCCUCAGAGCCUGACCAUCUGGAAGUAACAGGUGAAUCAAAAGAUGAUUUGGGCACAGUUGAACCAGAGAAAGAGCUUGGAACAACAGGUUUAGAAGAGGAAGCAACUGAUGAACCACAUACACUAUCAGAAGAUAAACUAAAGGAAACGCCAUCAGACAAAACAUCUGACUCUGAAUUAAAGAAGGAAAAGAAAGGUCCAGCUAAGAAAAAGAAACCAAAGCUGCUGAACAAGUUUGAUAAGAUGAUUAAGGCCGAAUUGGAUGCUGCUGAAAAGCUGCGCAAAAAGGGUAAAUCUGAAACAGCGCUGCAGGCAUUUAAUGAAAUUUUGAAGAGCUAUCCCCACAGUCCUCGAGCUAAAUAUGGGAAAGCCCAGUCUGAAGAUGAUUUGGCAGAAAAAAUGCGAAGCAAUGAGAUACUUCAGAGAGCAAUAAAUACCUAUGGAGAAGUGGCUGACAUGCCGAAUCCACCUGCAGACCUGGUGAAGUUAGCAAUAAAACGACAAGCAAACAGACAGCAGUUUCUAGGCCACAUCAAACGUUCUGUGAUGACCUUACAGAAGUUAGUAGAUCGUUACCCAGAUGAUGUCACAAUUAAGAAUGAGCUUGGAGUAGGUUACCUCUUAUUGGGAGACAAUGAUAAUGCCAAGAAUGUCUAUGAAGAGGUUCUGGCCCUGGCUCCAAAUGAUGGCUUUGCUAAAGUUCAUUAUGGAUUCAUCCUGAAAGCUAGGAAUCAGAUAGCUGAAAGCAUUCCAUAUCUAAAGGAAGGUUUAUUAUCCGGGGAGCCAGGGACUGAUGAUGGUCGUUUUUACUUCCACUUAGGAGAUGCAAUGCAGCGAGUGGGCAAUAAAGAGGCGUACACAUGGUAUGAACUGGGACAUAAAAAGGGACAUUUUGCUUCAGUGUGGCAGCGCUCACUCUACAACGUGAAUGGUCUGAAAGCUCAGCCUUGGUGGACAACAAAAGAAACAGGCUAUACUGAACUGGUGAAGACUCUUGAGAGGAAUUGGAAGUUGAUUCGUGAUGAGGGUCUGGCUGUUAUGGAUAACGAAAGGGGAUUUUUCUUGCCAGAAGAUGAAAACCUGAGGGAAAAAGGUGACUGGAGCCAGUUUACACUUUGGCAGCAAGGUCGCAGAAGUGAAAAGUCCUGUAAACAAGUCCCGAAAACAUGUGCCUUGUUUGAAAAGUUUCCUGAAUCAACCGGCUGCAAGCGUGGGCAGAUUAAGUAUUCAGUUAUGCACCCAGGGACUCAUGUCUGGCCUCACACUGGACCCACAAACUGUCGCCUAAGAAUGCAUCUUGGCCUGGUCAUUCCUAAACAAGGCUGCGCAAUCCGUUGUGCCAAUGAGACCAGAGAAUGGAAGGAGGGCAAGGUGAUCAUCUUCGAUGAUUCCUUUGAGCAUGAGGUUUGGCAGGAUGCGAGCAGCUCCAGGCUCAUCUUUAUCGUGGAUGUGUGGCACCCAGAGCUGACACCUCAGCAACGAAGAAGUCUUUCCCCAAUCUAACGCUGUAUCUCCGACAUAAACGAGAGAAAGCAGGUUGGGGGUUGAGCAAACAUGAAGAAAUUGUGUGAUGUCACGAAGUGCAACAGGUUCCAUUGAUUUCUACUUUUCCUGAAAUUCCUGGUGCAGCAGAGUUUCCAGACUGAGGGGAAUGUGUUUUUCCAAAACCAAAGCAUUUAAAUAAAUCAGAAGGUCUCCUGAAAUAUUUUUAAGGGGACAUUCUUUAUAAUUGAGUGAUCAUAUUUGACCUGUGACCUCUCCCAAAAGUUAAAUACUAAGGUCAAAGCUGAAUAAAAUCUACAGAGAAACAUCCCGUGUAGGAGUUCUCCAGUUGUGACUUGGAAUAAUUUCAAAAUAAUUCACCUGAAGCAACUGAAGAAUCCUUUUAUUGGGAAAAUGGCUGGAUUAGGGUAGCUGUCUGCCGUAUUCAAUGUGAACACAAUCUGAUUAAUUUAUGUAAGGCAUAGAUUGUCACAGUUAUGUAACUGACCUUCAGUGUUUGUAUUUCUCUGUACAAUCAGAAUUGUUUAUUUUUAAUCGCUGAUAAUGACAAGUUACAUAAAGAUGAUUAGUACCUCCCCUUGCAUUGGGUAAAGUGUAUUUGCAUGGUACAUCGAUGUAGUUGAAAUCCGCAUUUCCUUUUUGAUAACAAGUGAUAGGAAUUGAUUAUUAAAAGGGUACUGUUACGUGGAGAUAUUAAUUUGGAAUUUAUUUUGGUCUACUUCUUAAUUUCUUUUUGAUAAUGUGAGUGUUAAUGCCCUCAAUGGGGGAGCUGCCUUUGAGAAGUUACUAAGCCUGACAGUGAGAACAAGAUUGAUUAGCUCACCAAGUUAAUACGACAUGAUCACUGAAGCAUUCUGAAUUAACAGAUGUAUCGGUGCCUAUACUGAGCUCACCCACACUGUGCUCAGUAACUCCUUCAAAGUCAUUCCCCCAACUGGAUCAGCAGCACUCAGUUCAAAUAAAAAAUUAAAAUUCCCAAAUUGUGUAAGUCAUUAUAGAGCAAGUUUCUGACCAUCAAUGUUGCUUAUAAAAUUAUAAAAAUGAAUCCUCUUGAAUUCAGAAUUGCCGAUAUUAAUUUUGUAGGAAGAGCCUAAAAGUACCCUCUCACAAGGUGCUCCUGACUGCACAUGCCAAUGUUGAACUGUUUUUAGUGUGACAAAAAUGAACAAAUGCCAAAGUGGAAAGGCACACUCAUUCAGUAGACAGCUGAUACAUCUGUACAAAGUGCCAAAAAGCAGAUGGCUUGUGACAGCUGUAAUACAUCUAAAUAAAAUGACCAUAUGCUUUUAUCUUCAAA